AUGUUCACGUUUUCACCAAUAACACAUCCUACUAAUGACACUAAACAUCCUUUGCUUUUAUUAACAACAGAAAAUGGUAAUAAGUAUUUCUUUGGGAAAAUACCAGAAGGUUCUCAAAGAUCAAUUACUGAAAAUAAAAUAAGAAUUUCAAAAUUAGAGAAUAUUUUCCUUACUGGUGAAUUAAAAUGGAAUUCAUUUGGUGGUUUACCUGGUAUGAUCUUAACUCUAGCUGAUCAAGGUAGAGAUAAAUUAAAAUUGCAUUAUAAUAGUCCCAUUAUUAAUUUCAUUAUUUCAACAUGGAGAUAUUACGUAUUUAGAUUUGGUAUAGAUCUCACAACCAAUGUGAUUCAGGACCAAGAGUUAUAUCAGGAUAAAUCAAUCAUCGUUAAAUCCAUUACAGUUACAAAGGAAAAUGAGACAGAGGGAAAAAAUUCUGAUAAUAUUUUUACAAAAGAACUAAAAUCAGUAAUAAAUUCAAUUGCAUCAAGUAUGUUUCCUAAAAAAUCACCGAUUUCAAAAUUUGAUCCCUCUACUGAUCCUCAUUUAAAUGUAUCAUUGCCAAAUUUAUCUUAUACAUACAAUUCAACUCAAAGUUAUGAAAUAUCGUUUCAUCCAAUAAGAGGUAAAUUUAAAGUUAAAGAAGCUAUAAAUCUUGGUAUACCAAAGGGUCCUUUAUUCUCAAAAUUGGCAAAUGGUGAAUCUAUUACACUAGAAGACGGCACAGUAAUAUUACCUGAACAAGUUUUAGAAAAGGAAAGAAAUGUUUCAAAAGUUUUAAUACUUGACAUUCCUAAUGACAACUAUAUUCCUCAUUUUAAAGAGAAAUUCAAAAAUUAUGAUUUUGAAGACCUAUCUGUAAUCUAUUAUUUCCUUGAUGAAGAUAUCACCAUUGGAAAAGAACUUAUCGAAUUUAUGGAAAUUUUCCCAGAUUCAAUUCAACAUAUUGUUUCUCAUUCAUUGAUAUCUCCUAACACUGUUACGUUCAAAGGGUCUGCUAUAACUUUAUUGAAGUUAAAAUCGCUACAGGUAGAUAAUUAUAAUUUACCAAGAACGGAUAGAAUAUAUUCAAAAGAAUUUUUUGACUGUUUUAAUAAAAAUCUGCCAAGUGACGUAUCAGUGAUACAACAACAAGAAGAACCAUUGACAUCCACGAUAGAUGGCAAAAAUGUUCAUGUAUAUAGACAAAAUACAAUUUUAAAAUUAGACCCAUUCACAAAAGAUAGUAAUGAUUUAAGAUAUAAAAUCACUAAUAAAAACUCUGAUAUAGUAGAUUGGAAGAAAUAUUAUGAUCAAUUUUUGAAACCAUUUAGUGAUGAAAUUGGAUCUGUUGAUGAUGUGGUGAAUAGUCAAAUUAAUACUAAUAACUACAACAAUACUAUUGAAAAGUCAAGAAGAGUUGAGAUUGUAACAUUAGGUACAGGGAGUGCAUUGCCAUCUAAAUAUAGAAAUGUAGUUUCUACACUGAUCAAAGUUCCUUACAUUAACAAAGAUAAUAGUAUAGAAAACCGCUGUGUAUUAUUAGAUGCAGGUGAAAACACAUUAGGUACUAUUUUAAGAAUGUUUUCAUCGAUAGAUUGCAAAAAGUUAUUUAAGGACUUAAAAAUGAUAUAUCUAAGUCAUCUUCAUGCUGACCACCAUCUUGGGAUAAUUAGCAUUUUGGAAGAAUGGUAUAAAUAUAAUCAAGAGGACAAAGAUGCUAUAAUUUACUUGGUUACACCAUGGCAAUAUAAUAAAUUUAUUCAUGAAUGGUUAAACCUUGAAAAACCAGAAAUUUUAGAGAGGAUUAGAUAUAUAAGUGGUGAACACUUGGUUUCUGGUAAUUUUGUAAGAAGAGAAAUUCAGCCUAUCACAAUUGAAGAAUUUGAUAGUAUGUUGAAAUUACCAGCUAAGAAAAAGCAAAAGCUUUCAUUUGUUGAGGAUUCUUCCUAUAGAGAUUUAAAGGCAAUUAAUACAAUGUAUCAAGAUUUAAAGAUUAAAAGUUUCCAAACAUGUCGUGCAAAACACUGUAAUUGGGCAUAUUCAAAUACUAUUACCUUUUAUACUAAUUCGAAUCCUUCAAAUAAUACCUUUAAAGUUUCUUAUUCAGGUGAUACAAGACCUAAUAUCAAGUCAUUUGCACAAGAUAUAGGCUAUAAAUCUGAUCUGUUGAUUCACGAAGCAACUUUAGAUAACGAAUUGAUUGAAGAUGCGAUACUGAAAAGACACUGUACCAUUGAUGAAGCAAUUGAAGUUUCGAAUUCAAUGGAGGCAAAUAAAUUGAUCUUAACUCAUUUCUCACAGAGAUACCCUAAAUUACCCCAGAUUGAUAAUAAUAAACUAAUCCUUGCAAAGGAAUAUUGUUUCGCAUUUGAUGGUAUGAUUGUAGAUUAUGACAGAAUAGGUGAACAACAAAAAUAUUUCCCAAUUUUAAAGAAAAUAUUUAUAUCUGAAGAAGAAGAAGAAAAGCAUGAAGAAAAGCAAGAAGAUGUCGUCGAUAAAUAA